AUGAAAGCGGUCUGGAUUGUUUUAUUCGCUUUUGCGAUUGCCUUCUUUGGCAAAGGGAAUUCUUUGCCAUCACACUAUCUUAAGGAAGGACACAUUUCUCCUUCAUUACGUUUGGAGUCUAUCAAACACAGACAUAGUCGAGGUGUAGAUGAUUUAGGUGGGGUAUUCUACAACACUCAUCGCGAUCCUGAAGAACUAAUUAGAGAGCCUGUAUCUGGGGCUGAUUUGGUCAAAGGGGGCACUAGAACACCUCAAGAUCAAGAACACGGGUCAAGAUCAGAUCUCACUGAGUGGGGCUCUGGUGCUACUACAAAUACAGAGCCUAAAACACAAUCAGACAACAAAGAAUGGAGCUCUGGAGAUCUUGAGGGUACGGAACUCGAUUCUGAAAGAGACCCUGGAGCAAUACAAGAUAUAGAUCUUAAAGCAGAAACAGGUAACACAGAUCGGAGCUCUAAAGAAUGGGGCUUUGACGCAAGUCAAGAUGAGGAGCCUGCAGCAGAAAACAGAGAAUGGAGCUCUGAAGAUCCUGAAGAUAUGGAACUCUAUUCUGGAUGGGGCUCAGUCGCAACUCGGGAUUUGGAGCCUGAACCUGAAGCAGAAACAGGUAAUAUAGAAUGGAGCUCUGAAAAUCUCAAAGACGCGGGACUUGAUUCUGAGACAAAGCUUGAUAAAAGGGAUACUGGAAAUCCUGAAGAUAAGGAACCGGAAUCGAGAACUGAGGAACCAAACCGGAGCUUUGGUACAACUCAAAAUAUGAAAGAGGAACUGCAAAAGCAGGCAGAUUUACAAACCUCAGUGAGAUCUGUUAGGUCAUCGGUUGAUGAUCCAGCAUCAAAGUAUGCUGGUGUGUCUGAGGACAAGAUGCAUUUGAACCCGAAGCAGUUUUCCAUAAAAGGUCUAAAAGGAAAAUCAGCGCUCAGUUCAUCUGCAGACGGAGAUACCAUAUUCAUCAUACAAUUUCCAUCCCAAGGAAAAACAACUGCACCACUAAGGAAUGAGAAAAAGGACGAAGUAAAAUUGUCAUCGCCUAAUGGUAAAGUCUUGAAUCUUAAUUCAGUUAUUCAGUUGAAUUCAGUCGACGAUGGUGAUGGCCACGCAAAAAUGAUGGAAGAGAAAAAACCUGAGGAAAAAAGUUGGAUUUCUGUAGCUGAAGCUGUUGUUGGCUUUUCCUUCACAAUGAUUGUACUUUUUGUCGCCUUUCUCCUAUUUGCAUGGCCAGUACGAAAGUAUUACGCACGUUUAUCCAAGCGCACUAGGAAUAACGACCGUUUUGAGCGAGGAGGACAAUAUGAGGAAGAUGCACUGACAAGUAUCAGAGUUGACAAGGGUCAUCCAUGGAAUCCUCCAGUUCAGCGGACAACCAACCACCCAGCACCAACAAGCUAUCAAGUGCCAGGACAAUAUGUUCAAAGGGAAAGCAUGUCCGUCCAUAUCGCAUUGAGGACAUGGGCAGAUGUUGCCGCUGAUGACAAAAAGAGAGAUCGAAGAAAUGCAGAGAGGAGAAAGAUUAUCAAGAAACAGACUACCGGAAAAAACUACUCCUUCGCGAACAGCAUAAAAAUUGCCAAAGUGGUCAUUGAUGCACAUGCAAAGAACAAGAAAAAAGAGAAGAAGGCAUCUCAAAAGCGACGUAUUAUCAAGCACUGCACUUCUGAAGUUGACAACAGACGAAGAAUGUCCCUUACACAACAGCUUGAAACUGCUCGAUCGAUAAUUGUCCCUGAUAAGAGUCAACAAGAGAGCCUGGAACGAUCAAAGAAUAAGAGCCGCUUGAUUAAGGAUCAGCUGGCUGGAAAAAGAAGGCCAUCAUUCUCAGAGGAAAUCGAAGUUGGCAAGAAGGUGAUUGUGGACAGUGAGAAGAGGUUUAGAGUACCACUAGCCGUUGCUCAGGAGAUGCUUGGCGCGCAAGUGCCUCUUGCCAGAAAAAGGAGUUACACCUACUCCGAGAUUCUUGACGACCUGAUUAAAACAGAUGGAGGGCAGUCGGAAAUAUCUGGUGUCAAAGCUAGUGAUGGUCAAGACAGAGAUGGGCUGGCCAGGUGA